CGCGUGCGCUGGUGGAAGGCUGGAGUCAGAGGCACCGCUGGGAGAGGCGUGAUGGUGAGGCUCCAGGCCCAUUGGUCACUUGCCUUCAACCAUUCUCUCUCUCCAUCCUCACUCUACUGUCUCCGUCUCUCUCUGUCUCCCCCUCCUCGCUCCCCGCACGCUCGUUGCCUUUCAACUCCUCAAAAAAUGAUUUGCAUACAGGAGGAGAAAAGAACUUUCCAGCGUGCGCUCUGAACAAGGGAGCGAGCGCGAGAGCUGGCGCAUAAGAAGGCGACUGUUGACGAAAGAGAAGAGAGCAAGAAAAUCAGGAACGAUUUAAAAAAAGAAAAGUUUGAAUGAAGACAGCGUUUCAAGACUGAACAUGAAGUUGGAAGAGGAGUGGUGACCUCUGGGUGGGGGUUCUUAUCUGACGUUUACCACCGUGGGCUGUGAAUCAACCAGAGGUCUGGACCAAAGAGCAAUCAAACCUGCAAUCAUAUCAGAUGGAGGUGGAUGUAGCCGACGAGAAGCGCCACCGCACACGCUCGAAAGUGCCCUUGGAACCAGCGAUACAAGAGCUCUUCAGCUGCCCUACACCACAUUGUGAUGGGAGUGGACACAUCAGUGGAAAAUAUGCCAGACACCAAAGCGUCUACAGCUGCCCUCUGGCCAAGAAGAGGAAGACGCAGGACAGGCCGGCCCUAGAGCCACUGGCCAAGAGGAAACCCUUCCUGACUCACACUGAGCCCCAGCCCAUGGAGGAGUGCUACGAAGCGGUGGAUGAGAAAGACGUGGAGGAAGAGGAAGAGGAGGAUGUGGGGGAUGGGGAGGAGGAAGAGGAAGAGGAUGGGGAAGUAGAAGGGGAGGAGGAGGUGGAGGAAGAGUACACGGACAAUGAGGAACGGGUGGAGCGGGAGGAAGGAGAGGUGGAGGAGGAGGAUGAGGAGGAGCAUGAAGAGGAUGAAGUAUUGGAAGAUGAGGAGGCUGAGGAUGAGGAGGAAGAUGUGGAUGAAGAUAGAGAGGAAGAGGAGGAAGAAGCAGAGAAGCAAGGCAGACAGGAUCAAGAGGGCAACCAGAUGAAUGGCAGCUACACCAAGCCCAUCCCUUUGGUGGAGAAGGAUGACAACAACAACGAUGAAUAUGACAACUAUGAUGAGCUGGUGGCCAAGUCUCUCCUCAACCUGGGCAAGAUCGCAGAGGAUGCAGCCUACCGUGCCAUGACGGAGUCCGAGAUGAACAGCAACUCCUCCAACAGUGCUGAGGAGGAGGAGGAGGAGGAGGAGGAAGAAGAAGAUGAGGAAGAGGAAGAGUAUGAUGAGGACGAAGAAGAAGAAGAGGAAGAGGAGGAUUGCGAGGACGGCUCAAAGAAAGCAGAGCUGAGCCUGGAUGUGGACAGUGACGUUGUGAAGGAGACAGUGGACUCUUUGAAGCUGUUGGCACAAGGUCAUGGGGCCAUGCUGUCUGACAAUCUUGAUGAGAGGACCUACCAGGAAGAUCGGAUCAAAAACGAGGACUGUGGCAGCGCAAACGGCCUGGCUGGAUACGGUUGCAACGGGAAUGGCAGCAGCUGCAUGCAAGGCAAAUCCACCAGCAACAGCCAGAUGGUGGCGGAGAGUGACGAGGAGGUGUGUCUGAGCAGUCUGGAGUGCCUGCGGAACCAGUGCUUCGAUCUGGCGCGCAAGCUGAGUGAGACGAAGCCGGCUGAGCGCCUCUCGCAUGCCCUGGAGGACAACCCAGAUGAGAUGCUGCAGCCGGGCCUCUACGGAGACUGCCCGCAAAUGCAGCCGGACCCUCAGGAGCGCUGCACCUUGGAGCGCAACUAUUCGGAUAUGGUGAACCUGAUGAAGCUGGAGGAGCAGCUCAGCCCUCGCUCGAGGGCGCCCCCCAGCUGCGCCCGCGUAUAUGACAGCUACCAGGGCCGUGACGAGGACACGGCCUCGGUGGCCUCAGACCGCUCCGACGACGUGUUUGACAUGACCAAGGGCAACCUGUCACUGCUGGAGAAGGCUAUUGCGCUGGAAUCAGAGCGCGCCAAAGCCAUGCGAGACAAGAUGGCAUCGGAGGCAGUGCGCAGGGAGAGACUGCAGCUCCACGAGGAGAGCCACGGCCUGAGGCUGAGCUGUGCUGAGGAACGGAAGAUCAGGCUGCAUCACGACGGCCUGAAGAAGCCCUAUUACCCGAAAGAUUCUUCAAGGUCGGAGAAGAAAGAGAGCCGGUGUCCAACGCCAGGUUGUGACGGCACAGGUCAUGUGACUGGGCUGUACCCUCACCAUCGAAGCCUGUCUGGAUGCCCGCACAAAGACAGGGUCCCACCGGAAAUUCUGGCAAUGUAUGAGAAUGUUCUUAAGUGUCCUACACCUGGCUGCACAGGACGUGGCCAUGUCAAUAGCAACAGGAACUCGCACAGAAGCCUCUCGGGAUGUCCGAUAGCAGCCGCAGAGAAACUGGCCAAAGCCCAUGAGAAGCACCAAGCGUGUAAUGGAACCAAGUCCAACCAGGCAUCAGACCGAGUACUGAGGCCUAUGUGCUUCGUGAAGCAGCUGGAGAUCCCUCAGUACGGCUACAAAAACAACGUUCCCACCACUACGCCGCGCUCCAACCUGGCCAAGGAGCUGGAGAAGUACUCCAAGACCAGCUUUGACUACAACGGCUACGACGGCCAGAACGUCUAUGGCAAGCGCGCCAUUGCCCCCAAGCUCCAGGGCCGUGACACCUCACCCAAGGGUUAUGAUGCCAAGCGCUACUGUAAGAACUCCAGCUCAGCGAGCAGCACCACCAGCAGCUAUGCCCCCAGCAGCAGUGGCAGCAGCCUGAGUUGCGGAGGGGGUGGCACAGGAGCAACAGGGGGGCCGGGGCUGGGGGGCGGAGCCGGAGGAGGUGGCGGGAGCAGCGCCAGCAGCACCUGCAGCAAGAGCAGCUUCGACUACACACACGACAUGGAGGCGGCACACAUGGCUGCCACGGCCAUCCUCAACCUUUCCACGCGCUGUAGGGAGAUGCCCCAGAGCCUGAGUGGCAAGCCACAGGAGCUCUGCACACGGAAGCGGGACGUUGAGGUGGAUGGCACAGUGGAAAUGGGCACGGGUAAGCGCGGGGCCAUGGGCGGCCGGCAACCCGGCCCACUGGAGCCCAGCCUGGCCCAGCGGCAGGGGCGGGCGCUGCCCAGCACCCGCUGCUGCCCCCUCAACCGGGUCGCCUCCUGGGAGCUGCCCGUCAACUAUACCAGGAUCAAACGCCUGGAGCAGGAACCAAGCAAAGAGUCAGACGAUCUGGAUCCCUUCCAGGACAUUUUAGAGGACACUGCCUAUGCCACCGAUGUCACUAUCCCGAGUCCCAAACCGAAAUUUGCCCCUUGCAAAGAGAGCAAGAAGGACCUGAUAACAUGCCCAACACCAGGGUGUGAUGGAAGUGGUCACGUAACCGGUAAUUACGCCUCACAUAGAAGUCUUUCAGGUUGUCCUUUAGCAGAUAAAAGCAUUCGAAGUAUGAUGGCUACCAAUUCACAAGAACUCAAGUGCCCGACUCCGGGCUGUGAUGGCUCGGGACACAUCACUGGCAACUACGCCUCACACAGAAGUUUAUCAGGAUGUCCAAGGGCUCGCAAGAGCGGCAUAAAGAUUACACAUAGCAAAGAGGACAAGGAGGACCAGGAGCCAAUCAGGUGUCCUGUGCCUGGCUGUGAUGGACAAGGUCACGUGACAGGGAAAUAUGCGUCGCACCGCAGCGCAUCAGGCUGCCCUUUGGCGGCCAAACGACAGAAGGACGGCUACAUGAAUGGCGCGCAGUUCACGUGGAAGGCCGGGAAGGCGGACGGCAUGUCCUGCCCCACCCCAGGCUGCGACGGCUCGGGUCAUGUCAGCGGCAGCUUCUUGACCCAUCGGAGUCUGUCAGGCUGCCCGCGUGCCACGUCGGCCAUGAAGAAGGCCAGACUGUCGGGAAUGGAGAUCCUUACAGUGAAGCAGCGGCCAGGCAAUGUAGGUUUAGACAAUGAUGAGGACAUUAAACAGCUGGAUGAAGAAAUCAAAGAUUUAAAUGAAUCAAAUUCACAAGUAGAGGCAGAUAUGAUCAAACUUAGAACACAGAUUACCACAAUGGAGUCUAAUCUGAAGUCAGUAGAGGAAGAAAACAAGGUGAUUGAACAGCAAAAUGAAUCUCUCCUGCAUGAGCUGGCCAACCUCAGCCAGUCACUGAUUAACAGUUUAGCUAAUGUCCAGCUUCCUCAUAUGAAACCGCCGCUACACAAAGAGCCUCCGAUUAGAAAUAACAGCUGUUUACAGUUGCAUCAGCGAGACCCGAUAAAUGAACAGAACUUUGAUGCUUAUGUGACUACCCUGACAGAUAUGUAUACAAAUCAAGACCAAUACCAGAGUGCAGACAGCAAAGUCCUUCUGGAGAAUAUAAAACACGCAGUGCAAGGCAUCCAAGUCUAGCUCAGCAAACUGAGAGGAUGCUUCCGGAGAGGGGCAGCGUGGGGGGGAGACACGCAGGAAACGGAAACAGACAGAUGCCACGCCUCAAGGUUUGCUGCUGUAAUUUAGCAGACAGUGUUAAAUAUUCACAUACAUCCUUUAAAAAAAAGUGUUAUGCUUACAAAACUUCAUGAUUUUUAAUUUCUCUUUAUUUUGGGUCUUGCUUUAAAAAAUAGUUAUUGGCAGAAUAGUUUUUUGAAAACAUUCACAUUUUGUACGUUUUCAUAUGAGCUAACAUAGUGUGAUGUAAUGUUUGUAGCUGCCCAUGUAUGCACAUUUUAGUGUAUAUUUCUGAACAGUAAGGCAAACAAUAUUGGAUAUACAUUCUUUUUAAUGCUUGUUGACAAAGCAUUUUAGAUUAAAAAUCUAAACAAUUACAUCUAAACAAUGAACAAGCAAAGAUAUAGUUACUUUUUAAUGAUUUUCUCCUCAUUGAAUGACUAUGGAAUUUUGGAAGAUGUUUUGUGUGCAGAUUGUGAAAUGGCAGGGCUGUGUUUUAUUUUUAACCUUGCUUGAGAAGUUGUUGACUCUUGUGAAAAACUAAGUUGGCACCUGUAUACGGGGGCAGGUAAAGAGUGGUUGGAAAUGAGCUUUGAAAAAGAUAUCAAGCUGAUGUAUGAAUGUCACAGUUUUAUUGUAAACCUCAUGACACGGAAACCUAGUGGUGGAUGUCCCAGAACUUUGCAAUGAAUAUUAUCAGACACUGAAAAAAAAGAUUUUAAAAAACAACAACUAGAUUUUGUGAUGGUGAAGAGCUAUUGUCAUUACAUCCACAUUGGUGUAAUACCAACAGAGGUUGUAAAGCUCACCCCAGCAUCAGUGUUCAUUUAGCUUGUAAUAGGCACUAGAAUCUCACACCAUGUCAGCAAUAUACUACUUAACAACAUUUAUGGCCAUGAGAGGCAAUCUGCGGGAAAACAGAUGGGGUAUAUGCAAUUUCCUGUUUGUAGAAGUAGUGGGGAGGCAAACGAAGCUUUUUACUAUAUGUAAAUGAUUGAUUUUUAUAUAAAUCUUUUAAUACAAAUUUUUCAAAGGGGGUAUACAUGGACAUUAAAUUUAGAGACAGGCAAUGAUUUGUUUAAAUCCAUUUCCUUUAUUUACAAUUUUGCACAGGGACACCUUAGUUUCCAUGUUGUGAUGGAUUUACAUAAACUAAAGCAGUACUUGAGAGCCUAACUGAAGGAUGAAGGAUUUUGUAGAAUAUAUAGAGAUAUAUAUAAGCUAUGAAAGCGGGACGUACAGGGUCAUUGUCCCCACUUUUGUGCCAGUACACUGUUUGCACUUGUCCUAAAGAUAUAUCAUUACAUGUGGUGGUGUGCAAUGUCCAGGUGUCUCUUUGGCACACGAUUGGAACAAAUAAUAGCAAGGAUGUUCGGCUGUAUCAGAGGAAGACUACUGGGAAUCAGAAUAAAAAUGAGGACAAUAUCUUUACCAAUAAUGUAAUGAAUUAUUAAAUGAUGCUGUUUCAUUUUGGUAUCCUCUUGGAUCUUUAACAAUCCCCAGCUGCACUUUAUGUCUGUCACUGUACAAAAUCAUUACAAAAAAGUCAGUCAAAAGGGAAAAAAAAUAUUAAAAUCACGAGGGAGAAAAAAUAUUCAAAAUGAUGGGGAAUGGAAAUGGAGUGAGCAGCAGAUUUGCUGGGUGUUGCAGUACUUCCGUAUGUCUGUGGCCCUAUGGUUUUGGUUCGGUUAUUAGCUGUAGCAACCACAUUAAGACACUUGCCUUUUGAAGAGCGAACGCAAAGGUGCUUGUCUUUCACCUGAUCUCAUCCAUUGUACAACUCAGCCCUCUUCUAGGACGCCAGCCUCCAUAACUGCAUAUGCCUUCUAUCACAGCAUCGUGUCUGCAACUUUUUGCCAAUAUAGUAAUGCUUUUAAUAGAGUAAUAGCUAGUAUCAGUUUUUGAAUAAAUGAUUGUUAUCAGUACAAUGGAAAAGGGAUUUUAAGCACAAACAUGCUGCUCAUCUACUGUUGCUACAUAAUAUCAAAUAAUAAUAAAAAAGAUAUCUGUGACUAUUUACCUUGGGAAAACAAAAAGGUGUCACAUACUAGAAUGCUGAAAUUUCAUAUGAAUUAUUGUGAAUUCAUCAGAGUUUAUUUAUAAAUUCUUCAUUUCGAGGUUGAUUUGAGUAAUCAUCGAUGAAGACGGGAUUUUGUACGAACUAUUGUGCUCUCUGUGGAACUGAAGUUUGAUUUAUUUUUGUACAACACAGCAUGAAUUUGUUGACCUUUUAAUUUUGCUAUAAAUGUGUGAGAUCACAAGUUGCUGUGAUUUUUCAUUUUUAAAUUGUGGAAUUUGUACAAUUUUUGUCAUGCUGGAUGUUGACACAUCUUACUCUGAAUAAAGAAAAAUUGUG